AUGUGGACGAAUCGAAAUCGACAAACUGUGCUCAAUGAGUUUAAAAAUAUUCUUCAGAAAGUUCAUCCAGAUAUUCAACCAUUCGAAGAGAAGAAAAUUAUCUAUUUUGGUCAAUUUGGUCUGUGUACUAUGGUGAAUAGUGUCACUUAUGUCGAUGAUGAUAUUGGUAUUCGAAAAGAUCCAUCGGGUGUUGAUGAACUUAUUUUAGGUAUUGCUAAAUCACUUGAUCAACAAAAUAGGUGCACAUGGUUACAAGCGAUGAACAGAGAUGAUUUGUUUUGGUCUCGAAUGACUUUCGAAGCAAAGAAUUCGUCCACAAUGUCACAAGAAAUGACGAUUAAUGGCAAUAUGAAAGAUAAGCAAUCUUCUUUCAGCAAAGAUUUCUCACAGGCGAUGGGAUUUGAAAAAAACGCUGAUUGUUCCUCGCAUGGUUCAAAUAGUUGGGAAUGUGAUCCACCAUCAUCAUCAAAUUCAGAAAGUCAAGAAAAUAACGUCAUCAAUGAUAAUCCUGAUGAUUCUUUGAUAGAAACGAGUGGACAGAAUGGAAAUUCAUCAAAUGAAACGACACUGCCAGAGAAAACAUCAAAUAACCAAGUAAAUCUUUCUUCAUUCAAAGACGAAUCACGUAUUGAUUCGAUAAGUUCAACUCAUGGAUCUUAUUUUGAUGAAUGUGCUCAUCCACCAUCAUCAUCAAAUUCACAAAGUCAAGAAAAUAACGUCAUCAAUGAUAAUCCUGAUGAUUCUUUUAUAGAAACGAGUGGACAGAAUGAAAAUUCAUCAAAUGAAACGACACUCCCAGAGAAAACAUCAAAUAACCAAGUAAAUCUUUCUUUAUUCAAAGACGAAUCACGUAUUGAUUCGAUAAGUUCAACUCAUGGAUCUUAUUUUGAUGAAUGUGCUCGUAGCCAUGAAUUGACUAUGUCUUGA